CGCAGAUUGGGGAAAGUUCUGGAAGACAGCGGAGGUGCCGCCAUUUUGCGGGAAGAGGAGAAGCUCCGACUGCAGUGCUGCUUUUACUGCUGAGACUCUGGAAAAUAGCCCUGCUUCGUGCCCCCAACACACCCAAAGGAACGGAGGAAACCGGGGCCCCCUGCGGGGACCCGGAACUGAUCUGCUACGAUGGCGUCCGAUGACUUUGAUAUAGUGAUUGAAGCCAUGCUGGAGGCUCCCUAUAAAAAAGAAGAGAAUGAUCAGCAAAGGAAAGAAGUUCAAAAAGAUGGCCCCAGCAACACCAACGCCAGCAGCAACGGCAACAGUGGCAGUGGUACCAGUGGGAGCAGUGCCAGUGGGGAGGCAAGCAAGAAAAAGAGGAGUCGGAGCCCUAGUAAAAGCAGGGAUAGAAAGCGCAGUCGCAGUCGAGAUCGGGACCGGCACAGGCGGAGAAGCACUCGGAGCCGAAGUCGAGAGCGGCAGCGUCGCCACCGCAGCCGGAGCUGGGACCGUCGGCACAGUAGUGAGUCACGCAGUCGGGACCGGCGGCGUGAGGAUCGUGUGCGUUACAGGAGCCCGCCACUUGCCACUGGGCGUAGGUAUGCGCACAGUAAGAGUCCCCAUUUCAGAGAGAAGAGCCCGGUCAGGGAACCAAUUGAUAAUCUGAGUCCCGAGGAGCGUGAUGCCCGCACGGUUUUCUGUAUGCAGUUAGCUGCCCGCAUUCGGCCUCGAGACCUGGAAGACUUUUUCUCUGCUGUCGGCAAGGUUCGUGACGUCCGGAUCAUCUCAGAUCGGAAUUCCCGUCGUUCUAAGGGCAUCGCCUACGUAGAAUUCUGUGAGAUCCAGUCUGUGCCACUGGCCAUUGGGCUGACUGGGCAGCGGCUGCUUGGAGUGCCUAUCAUUGUCCAGGCCUCACAGGCUGAGAAAAACCGACUGGCAGCCAUGGCCAACAACCUGCAGAAGGGUAGUGGUGGACCAAUGCGCCUCUAUGUGGGCUCCCUGCACUUCAAUAUCACUGAGGACAUGCUCCGGGGUAUCUUUGAGCCCUUUGGCAAAAUUGAUAAUAUUGUCCUGAUGAAGGAUUCAGAUACAGGCCGUUCUAAAGGUUAUGGUUUCAUUACGUUCUCAGACUCCGAGUGUGCUCGGCGAGCCCUGGAACAGCUGAAUGGCUUUGAGCUUGCUGGUCGACCUAUGAGAGUUGGUCAUGUGACCGAGCGACUGGAUGGUGGCACAGACAUCACUUUUCCGGAUGGGGACCAGGAGCUGGAUCUGGGAUCAGCAGGUGGACGUUUGCAGCUCAUGGCCAAAUUGGCAGAAGGCUCUGGACUGCAGCUGCCUACUACCACAGCUGCUGCUGCUGCCGCCCAGGCUGCUGCUGCCUUGCAACUGAAUGGGACAGUUCCCUUGGGGGCCCUGAACCCUGCGGCUCUGACUGCUCUGAGUCCAGCCCUGAACCUCGCUUCCCAAGCAAUCGCCUCCCAGUGCUUCCAGCUUUCCAGCCUCUUUACCCCUCAGACCAUGUAAAUCAGUGGCUCAGUACACUGCCUCCCUGUGCCUCUGGGUGCCACUCCCUUUUCCACGUCUACCCUUCCAUGGCCCCUUCUCUCCAUUUUGUGGACCAAGCUAUCCUGAGGGCGUGGAUGUUGACUCUGUGGGAAUUGGGGCCAUCUUUAGACUCCAAGAAGAGCUCCUGCCCAGGGCCCCAUCAGGAAUGGACUCUGCUGAGCAAAGCCAGUAGUCGAAGAGGACAGAAUCUGCACCUAUAUUGAACACCUGUUUUUCCGUGUGUGUCAUCUCCCGGGAUGACCUUCAUUGCUCUCUCCGACCAGCUCUUAGUGAUUCCUUGAUUCCUCCCCCGUUGGGAAGGCCGUAGGGCAUUAACUGAGGGAACUAACCUCUCUCCUUUUCCUGUACUUUUACCCUACAAUCUGUUGAGGAAAACCCUUGAAGACCUCUAGUCCAAGAGGACUUUGCAGUUUGGAAGGUGAACCUUGAAAGUGCUGGCUUGCUGCUGCACAGGCCCUGGAAGAUGGCAUGGACAUGAACAUUGUGAAGCCUUCCUUGGGUCUCAGCUUGAGGCCAGAACUGCUACUGUGGGCUCAGCCUCUUACUGGGAAGUAUGGGAGUAAUCUGUCCUGCGAGGCAUUUUGGAUGUCUUAGGGGCAUUCAGGAGUUGAGUGAAAGGUGGGGUACUUCUCUACUAGGUUCCAUCUUCCUCUGUAUAGUUUUCCUUCCUCCCAGGUCUUUCCUGUGGCCCAGGGUGGGAGGAUGGAGAGGAGGCUGCUAUUCUCUACCACUUCCCAUGUGCCUCUACCAUGGGCUCAACCCCAGCUGUUAAAGCUGCUCCUGUCCCCUACCUGGGCACAUGUGAGCCCUUCUCACUGGAUUUUAUACCCUUGUGUCUGUGUACAUAAAAUUGUGUGUAUGUGUGUGUGUGUGUGUGUGUGUGUAUGUGUACACGUAUACACAUACACAUACACAUACGUAUAAACUUUGUAUAAAAGGCAAGCUCCACUGUUGUGGCGGCUGCUGCCCAUGUGUGUGUGGUCUCAGUCAGUUGGUGUAUCUGUCUGAUGUUAAUAACUUUUCAUGAGCCAAAACCGUGAAUGGUCCUAGGAUAUAAAACAUUUGUAAUGCCUUUCUGUUUUUUCCCUUUAAUUUUGUUUUAUCUAACGUUCUUUAGAAAUUAAAAUGGACAAAAGGCACACGCCUGGAUGGA